UUAUUUGUCAUUUAUCAAUCAUAAACAAAUAAUUGUAAUUCUUACCUUUUGAAAUUAGUUUUUAAAUUUAUUUCUCUAAUUUAAAAUCAGUAAAUGGAUAUCAAAAGUCAAUUGAAAGAAGCUAGGGAAGCGAUCAAAACUAAGGAUUUUAAUAAAUCGAUUAAAAUAUGUAGGAACGUUCUUAAUGAAGAUGAAGAUAAUUAUAUAGCCUUAGUCUUUUUGGGGCUCUCUAUCCAAGAAACAGCCCCUUCAGAGGAGAGUGAAAAGGCUUUUCGAAGAGCUAUUGAUAUCAAUCCGGAAAACUUACUAGCAUGGAAUGGAUUGGCAAAUUAUUUUGAAAAAAUAGACACCACUGAAGCCAGAUUAGAACUGAUUAAAAUAUACACCUUCUUAGUUGGAAAAGAAACGACUGAAAAGAAACUGAUAGAAUAUUGUGAAAAGUUAUGUAGCCUUUACAAAUAUACUAAUGUUGAAGAGAUAUGCAGGGUUAUAUAUGAUAAAGUAGAGAGUGGCAGUUUUUCAGAAUCUGCUUUGACCAAUAGUAGAUCAUCUUUGGCCAAUAUUCUAAAACAAACUAAUGAACUCUCUGAUGAUAUCCUUGAAGUAUAUGAAGAUAUUCUUAGUAGUCUCAUAAGCAAUAAUGAGACUGUAACAACAGAUUAUUAUUCCCAAUAUUUAAUGGUCCUCUAUAAGCAGAAGAAGUACGAGAGGCUUCUCACUCAUGUGAUAAAAAUGUACAAAAUAUUUCCUGAAGAUAUAACAUCAAUGAAUUGGAUAUGUCAACUUUAUAAUGAGUUAUAUGUAGAGAAAAAACCUUGUGUCAUAUCGGAAUUUGUGAACAUUGAAAAUGUUUACAAAGAUCUGUUAGUUUUGGAACCUGUUAAUGCUAUGGGGAUUUUUACAAAAGCGAUAUGUGAUGUAGAAAGCGGAGAAUAUAUUGAAGCUAAAAAUAAAUUGAAUACAGUUGUUUCCAUGAAGUCAAGUCUUUCACAUGCUUGGAUUCUUCUGACAAGAGUCAAUAUUAUGCUUCAUUCCUAUGAUGACGCUGCAGAGUCAGCAAAGUUUGCCGUCAAACUAAUCAAGUCACCUAAAAAUUCUUGUGAUGAGCAUGUAAGAAGAGAUUGUGAAACCAUGUACUUGGAGGCUUUAUCUAGAUCUUCUGAGAGUUGUCAUUGGGAGAAGGCAAUAGAACUUUAUGAAAAGCUGGAUGAAAAAUCCAAGGAGCUGUGCCUUCCUCAUUACACCAGGGCAAACAUCAAGUUGGGUAAUAUGGUGGAAGCUAAACGUUCAAUAACUCAGAUGGAAAGGUCGGACAAAAGCGAAGAUGAUUUUUCCGGAAUUCUUAGGGCGCAGUUAUUGAGAAAGCAGAACCAUCAUCUUCUUGCUUUGGAAGUUUUGAACAAAAAGGCGAUUCAAACUCCUGAGUGGUUUUUGGAGCUGGGGGUCACGCAUUUCGAACUUGGAGAGUUCGAUAAAUGCUUGCUGCCUUUCUUGAAGGCAGCAAAAAAUGAUCCGAAUAAUUAUUAUUCCUUCUUUUAUCUUGGAAGGUGCUAUUGUGAGAUGAAACAAUAUAAUAAAGCCAGAAGAUGUUAUGAGAGGUCAUACAAGCUAUGUCCUACCUUCAGUAAUGCAGCACUGGAACUGAGCAAAAUCUAUAGGAUACUCAAGAACUGGGAUGCCAAUACAGCACUUUUGCAAACAAUAACAAAGAAUGUAAUCAAUAAGCAAAACAUAUGGGCUUGGAUGCAGAUGGGUCUAAAUUUGAUGGAACAGGGCGAGUACAAUCAAGCGAUUCAACACCUGAGAUUGGUAUCAAGAGUAGACGAAGCUAAUGCUCAUUGUUGGGAAGCUUUGGCUGAUGCAUAUUUAUAUAAAGGGGCAUAUACUUCAGCACUGAAAGCCUAUGAACGAGUUCUGGAAAUCUCAGGUGAUGCUCUAUAUCCAGCACUCCAAAUCGCCCUCAUCAAAAAAGAUUUGGGUCAUUUCCAUGAUGCAAUGCAAGAUUUUGAAGCACUUCUAUGUAAGAAUAAAAAAUGUAUAUUAACUUUAACUGGGUUGGCCGAAACUUGUUUGAAAAGAGCUGCUGAAUGUGUUAUGGAACAAAGACUUGGAACUGCCAGAGAUUGUGCUCAGUAUGGAGUUGAAGCAGUUUCAAGGGCAAUUCAACAAGGCAGUGAAAUAUCUUGUCUCUGGAAAAUACUUGGUGACUGUUGCAUUCUGGUUGCACAAUUGCCUGAAAAAUAUUGUUGUUUGAUGAUAAUGAGAGCAAUUGACGAACCAAAUCAAGAUGAUGGCGACAAAAUUUUAGAAAAGGAAGACUUAUUGCAACUUGCUGUUAGGUGUUAUUGUAAGGCAAUUGUACUGACUGAAAACAACGAUCUGCUCUGGCAUGAUCUAGCUGUCGCUUACCAUCAUCAAGCUAAGCAUUCAGAGGAUAAGGAAACGAUCAAUGAAAUCUUGACCAGAGCCCAAGCUAUUUUACAACAGUGUAUUUCCAAGAAUCCUUCCUAUUGGCAACAUUGGAAUCUAUUGGGAAUUGUUGCAAUGACUAAAGAUCCUCCUAACUAUGCACUGGCUCAGCACGCUUUUAUAAAAGCUGUCACAGCAAAUCGUAAUAGUUACAUUUCAUGGACCAAUUUGGGCGUCUUAUAUCUGAAGUUGGAGAAUAUUUUGUUGGCAAAUCAGGCAUUUGGGCAGGCUCAAAGAUCAGAUCCUAAUUAUAUCCAGAGUUGGAUUGGACAAGGUAUUUUAGCUGAGAUAUUGGAUCAGGGUGACGAGGCAAUGGAUUUGUUCAGGCACAGCACAGAUCUAGGUUUUCACCCACAAGGUGCUCUGGGAUAUGGACAUUGGGUGUGCAGAAAACUGAUGCAAUCGCCAAUGACCUCAAAUUCCCAUGCCAUUGAUGACUUACAUGCAAUACCAGUGGCUUGCGAUGCUCUUACUUGGUAUACCCAGAUGAAUCCUUACGACUCUUGCUCUUGGAAUAUGCUCGGCAUUUUGAGAGAGAGGAUGGGACUGAUAUCCGGUGCCGCUGAAGCUUUCAGGAAAGCCUUGAACUUGUCGACCGAGAAGUACAGUGACUUUGCGAGAAUAAACUUCGGUCGAGUUUUGAACAAAUUAGGACUAUACAAGGAGGCCAUUAAGAUUUGCAGUGAUGUACAGGAAAGUUCCUUCAACAGCGGCAUUUGGUAUGCUCUGGCUCUGUACAAAGACAACCAAUUCCAAGAGGCUUCAAGUAUAUAUUUGGCAAUUGUACAAUAUUUGGCGAAGGAAGCAACAGUUGGGGAUGUGAUAGCUUGCAUGGCCAUCAUAACUUAUGGACUUGGCGAACCUGAUCUCGCCAAAAAAGCGAUAGUUGAAAGUUUCAAUAAGAGGUUACCAACUGCUCGAGUGAUGUACGCAUUGAUAGCCUUAGGAGUUCUUCAAAAGGAUUCUCCGCUUAUUCCGAUGACUCUCAAACAAGUGGAAGUUUUAGAAGAUGUGCCACAGAGUAUAGAAGAUUUCAUCUCUUUGCUUUCGUACGUCCACAUGUUUCAGGGAAACCAUGCUAAGGCCAUAAGGAAAACGAGCGAAUUAGUUCACUUAUUACCAGGAAAUUCAGAUUUAUGGUUAACUUUAGCGUUGACGUUAUUAUACUCCCUUAAACAGAUGAAAUCACCCUCGUCACAUAAGGAAGCCGCUUACAAUGCAGCUAACGUUGCUCUAAAGUUGAGGAAAGCUAAAACCACACACAAAAACGUGUCAAAGAUUCUCUGCACAAUAUCAGUUUCAUCUUUGUUGAUUCGAAACUACAGAUCAGCUCUAGUCGCUGCGCAGAAAGCAGUUUUUUGUACUCCAAAUGCAAAAGAAAGUUGGGUUGUACUGAACGAUUCAUUAGAACACUUUCCGGAAAAGCGAAAGUAUUUUGAAAUGUCCCAUGAUGUCCUUUAUUCUUCAUAUGACGACUUCGACCAUAUAAGGGGCAACACGAUAUUUUGAGGUUUCUAAUUGAUUUUAAAUUGUUUUAUUCGUAUAAUUUAUAUCAUAGAAAUUAUCAGUGAUAUUUUUAA